GGAUCAUUGGAAUUUUACAGUCUUGUGCUCUUAAAAAAAAGGUUGUUAUAAAGUCUAUCACCAAGUUUUUCCAUUUUAGUUGUUUACCUUUUGCAUUUACAAAAUGAAACCUUUUUAAUUACUCUUACUGUUUUUACCAUAGGUUAAUAUGUUCUACAGAGCCCUGGUGGGAGAAUCCAUUUCCCAGUUUCGUCACUACCACUCCCGACGAAGAAGCUUAGCCGGUCUAUGUGACUUAUUUGAUGAUGGGACAGCAUGCCCAGCAUGUCCAAAGGCUGAUGGCACCAUGAUUGUGACUAUGGAUGCCAACUUUGGCCUUGUAAGAAAAAGGAGCUCCGGAAAAAGUGUGACAGAGCCCUUGCAUGGUAACAGCAUGUUUGUGAGGGAUGAGGAUGUAGAGGAAUAUCUCCUGUCACAUCCUGAUUGCACCAAACCAACGGAAGACUGUAGCAACUUCAAAGCUGGAAAUUUACUUCAGUCGCAAAACCAACAAAGAAAAAUAGAUGUGACUGGUGUAUUUGGAGCCUCAUGCCGCCAUGAAAUACCAUUAACGUUUUUGAACAUGACUCAUGGAGAAAGGCUUGCAUAUCCAAAGUUCAUCAUACGUGAGCUGGAGAAAAGAUAUAAGGACAAAAACGUUAAUCUGCAUUUCAUAUAUGGUGUUGCAUGUGUACUUUUUACACAUAUGCAUAAAACCGGAGAAGGAAUUCCUCAAGGUAUUUCCAUGGCUGUACCAGCAUUUCAUGUUUAUGGACAUAAACUGCAGUUUCAGAUCAUGUACAGCACACGAAGGCUUCCUGGAUUUGGGCUAACAGAUGGUGAAGGCAUGGAAAGGUUAUGGUCGUUUUUGAGAAGAUUUUCACGAGUGACUAAAGAGAUGACUCCUUCCCAUCGGCUUGACCUUCUGACUGAUGCCUUACUCUAUUAUGGAAGAAGAAAAUCAACAGAUCUAGAAGUGCAGCUCAUUCAGAGAUGGGACAAAGCAGAGAAGGUCUGGAGUUUUGCUGAGAAGGAGAUUUCUGCAGUUCUGAAAGAGGCACCAAUGUGUAUUUCAGAACGUGACGUACAACAGUGGAUGGAAACAGAGAUUGAAGUUGCCCAACCUGCACGUUUGAAAACAAGACCCACAGACACUGUUCCGAGAUGGAAAAGGAAUUAUGUCAUGAAGUUGACUAAAUUCAAUCAGCUCCGAUCCCUGAACCAGGAGUACCCAACUGGAGAUGAAACACAGCUGGAGAGUGAUCUUCAAGCAAACACUAUGGAAUAA